AUGGAGAUGAGUCGUCCUCUCCUCGGCUCGAGUGAGGGACUCGAACGAAGACAUUCCGAGACCUCGGUGCCCCCGGCCAGCAUGGGGACCCCGAGUCAAACCCCCGAUAUUCAGCACUCCCACUUCGUCAUCAUGUACAUCGACGCCGAUGGAAAGCUUCAGAUCCGCACGUCCGAUUCAAUUGCGGGCUGUGGCGGCGCUAUCUUCACACCCGAAGUGACGGACCGUUUUAUGGAACUGACGGCCCCGAACCCUCAAUCGAACAUGCAAUUUGCUCAAUCUAGCCAGACGUCUUCACCAUGGGCCGUUCAGCAAUCACCGGAAUGGUUCAGCACCGGCCAAACUCGACCAGCUGAAAUGAUUCCGUGCGAAUGGCAAUCCAACCAAAGUCGACGGAAACGACGUGACAUGAAGCGGACAGGAAUGACCCGUCCGGUCCCAAAAGCCGCCUCGCCUCCUCCCAGUCCGCCGCCAGGACGAACGAUUCUUCGAGUCGGUAACCAGGAUCUGUUAAGACGAUACUACGAAAAGGCCUUUGAGGAUUUCCAACAGCUGAACUGUCGCGCCAUUGCCAAGUCGUACAUCAAGCUUGUGGAGCCUCGGAAACAGGUGCAUUUCCCAUAUAAUGGACGAAAGGUGAUUGCCGGCGUAUCGCAACGGGUUGAUCCCGAGAUGACCAAACCUGGAUGGUGGCCUGCCGGUGUCUUGCAUCGAGAACCGGAUCAUCUUCUGAAGCGAGAUCGACUGCGCCUGCUCGUUCACAUCUUGUGCGAAAUGAAAGACAGCCACGGCGUGACAGCAGACAAAUUGCGUGAAGCCGGCCAGGACGUGCGGCGUCAGAUCAGCCCACCCAACCGACUACAGGUCCUCGACGAGAUUUAUUUUGUGCGUUCAAUGGAAGAGCGAUUCAUCAACGGGGAGAUCGACGGGAACACAUUGAUUCAAGUGACCCAAACCCAUCUUCCCGACGUGGUCUAUCGAGAAGAAGAGCUGUCUUCCCGAGUCCACGCAGCACCCACAUUUUCUCUAGAUGACGAGGACGACAACGACCAUUUCUCCGGUCAAGGUUCCCAGCUCGAUGAAGUCGACUCAUUCCCUCUCGGCAACCAAAUGCCCCCUUCCCCUUCCCCCUCUUCAAGCCAAUCCAGCGGACCACACAGCCCGACCGCUAGUUUCAGCUCAUACCCAAUGAGUAUGGCACCACAAAUGAUGCCGCAGGAGUCCCCCACGGCUCGCAAAUCCAUGGCCGCCGAUCAGGGUUACAUGCCCGGCUACUACGGUCAGCAGUUCAUGCCUACUGAAAAACCUCCUGGCUACUGGUCUGGCAUAUCUCAUGUACCACACCUGCCACAUUUCGGAUAUUAA